CAGUGUAAAAGUCAACGGAACGUCAGUGUCAAAAUUCGAUGUGAUGAUGCAAGUCUGCAAAAAGUUCUAACGCUUUAUAGGAUCCAGUACAGCGCCCCAAUUACACGAAAAUGUAUUACUUAAAGAACAUUCCACCGCCCCAUUUCAAAGAUCUAUCCAGGGGCGUGAAGUCGGCACCCGCAGGGGGACGUAAGCAAAAUGAUCGCACGAUCAUUGAUCAAUUCGCUAAUAGUUCGUGCCUUCCCUCAGAGGAGCUCAGCCAGGUCGCUCUCGUCGAGGAAGGCUCGAAGGAUUGGUUAAAACAUAUGAACGAGAGGGCGGCGCACCUGUACAAGGGCAAGCCUCAGAAGUUCGAGGACUUCAAGAUGCCUACGCCGGAGGUCGAGAACGACAAGCCAAUGUACACUGAUUUCCUGUACAAGGCUGACCCCGCGGAGAAGUUCAAGAGAAGGAAUAUCAGAAGAAAGUCUACGACCAUCCUGCCGGUAAUGUUGGAUAAGAAGAACAAGCUGAUGGCUGCAUGCAGCGACACUCAAGGUGUUGAGGUUGUCGACUAUUGCUGUGAUAAACAUGCGAAAUAUUUUAGAGGCUAUUAGAUACUAUUCAUAUUCAUUCCCCCUGCAACAAACCUUUACUACUGAUAAAUAAACUUUCACCUCAUUCUCUAAAUUUGUCUUAUUACUUUAUUGUAUUCAUAUUUCAAAUUAAUAAAUGUAUUUUAAUCCUA